ACUUCGUCAAACUCCUUUAUUCACACUGAAAUUCGGAUCAAAAUCACAGCAAUUAUAGAAGUUGGAACUCGAAACAGUUUCCCUCGAAUAUUCUCGAGAAAAUUCCAACCAUUCCCAUCAUCUUUAUAACCACCUUCCCACGCACACUCUGCAAAACCCAAACACAAACCAAAACCCAUCUUUAGAAUCAUCUUUCGAACAUAGAAACUUCUCCGAAUUCUUCUAAAGAACUCGUUUUUCCUUCGAAUCAAUGGUGGGUUUCGCGAGAAAGAAACGGGUCACUGACCCGUUCGACGAUGAAGCAAAAGCUCGCAUCUUCGGCGGUGAUCAACGGCAACUGAGCGGCGUCAGCAGCGGAAGCGAACAUUCCGGCGACGGCGACGGCGAGUCACCGUGCCUCUCCGGGCUCGUGCAUGAUUAUUUCCUCAAAGAGAACGGGAACGAGUGUGACUCGGUGGGUAACGAGUUCGACUCGGAGGGAGUUGACUCGGUCUCCGAUUGCAUGGACUCGGUGGAGGAUCUAAUUAACUUAAACGCUGCGAACAGUGUCGAUUCUUAUAAGAACAUGCUUCGUGCGCACGUUUCGGAGGCAGCUGAGAAGUUCGCGUUUCUGAGAGAACGAAACGUCUCGGUUUAUCGUCGAAACGUGAUGUCGUUUUUGCGCGAAAUGGGACACAAUGCGGCGAUCUGCAAAACGCGGUGGGACUCCUCCGGCGGAAGCACCGCCGGCAGCCACGAGUUCAUCGACGUGGUGCAAUCUGGACCGUCCACGUGGCAGAACCGGUACUUCGUGGACCUUGAUUUCGCCGGCCAGUUCGAGAUUGCCAGGCCGACAAGCAGUUACGAGGAAAUUCUGACUUACGUUCCCGGAAUAUUCGUCGGAACGGCUGAGGAGCUUAAACGCACCGUUUUGAUCAUGUGCCGCGUGGCGAAACGGUGUUUGAGGAACAGAGGGCUCUCUGUUCCUCCGUGGAGAAAGAACCGGUACAUGCAGAAUAAGUGGUUCGGUUCGUAUAAGAGGACAACGAACCCGGUUCAGGGAAACCCGGUUCCCACGGUUGUGUCUGCCGUGAGUGGGGCAAAAUGCAGGUUGGUUGGGUUCGAUGAUGCCGUUUCAGAGGAUAGACGCGGCGGUGUGUUUGUUCGUAUCAGAUGAUGUAUGAGUAAUGAGAUGAUGAA